AUGAGCGGUACAAAGGGGACUGAGGCUGCCACCUUGCAUCUCACAGCGUGUGAUAAUGAGAAGGAUGUUGUUUCCACGGCGCGUUACAUUCCUAUGCCUGAGUCUCUCUGGGUGCUGCGCCACCGAUUUCCAAACGUUACGCGGUCAGUUCUUUUGCAGUGCGUGCGGUGCCAUCGGUGGGUGGCGCAGCCCGUCACGACGCAUCCCCCUGACGAGGUGCCGGCGUGUCCAACACGGUUAGAGAAAGCGGCAUUAAAGUUCAAAAACGAUCGUUAUCGACGGCUGCAGGCUGAGGAAGACGAGCUGAAGGAGGAGUGGCGGUCUCCUCGAUUUCGUCAAAACCAAGAAAAGAUUGUGAAUGUUGUGAAACCAACCAAGCGGCGCGGUCAGGAGGAACAAAAGGAGACUAACGCAUAUUAUAUACCUAACCCCGCUAACUUCACCUGUCAGUGGGUAUACUGUGCUCUUGAAGACGUCUGGACGGAUUUGCGGGAUCACUGGCUGGGGGAGUUGUACGCCACGUUGGACAGUGUCAGGGGGGAUGAGGAAGGUGGUAGCAGCAGCAAUAGCUCACGUCUGCGAUGCAGUCAGCAAUCUCCUAAGGAACGGCUAAACAAGGAAUUAGUAAAAGAGCUCCAUGGAAAGCGUAGUGAGCGCUUGGCAAGGAAACCGCAUAAUGGAACAGAUAGCAAAUAUGAGAAGAAUGAAUUACAUAGAUCUGCAGCAGAAGUUUCACUCAAUGAGGGUAUUGCGCAGCAAUUGGAUACACUCAUACGUCACGAUGAGGCUGUAGUUGCAUCUUUCUGUUGGAUCAGCUGUGACGGUUGUGGGAAGUUACGACGUGUCCAUCAGCCGUUUCCAGGUGGUGCACCUUUUGUUUGUGCGCUGGCGUUGAAUAUUGGUUCCUGCAGUGUACCAGAGCAGGAAGGACUGGGCUCUGUUUUUUGCAGUCAUGUGGAUCAAGUUUCUGUGAGCGAUACGUACGAAAGUAUUGUGGGUGAUAUGGUUCUUCGUGAUGCCAUUGGAGCAGGGGCAUCUGCUGUGGCUGCGACUACGACAUCUACGGUUGUUACAUCCACCAGUAGCGAUCGCACUGAAAAUGGAGCUACGAAGAUGUCUACUAGUGGGCGUCGACUUGGUCGAAGCUCUGCAGUUGGUCCACAUUUGACUUAUAAGAGCAGUGCUUCCGCGAAGUUGAUUGUCCCGCUUCUUCGUGAACUGACGUCUGCGCUGCGUAAGAGGGCAUUGGGUGCAUUUGUAAAGAACAUUUUGACCGUCCCGGAUGAGGUGCGCGCAAAACGCGAGAGUGUCGUACGGGCCUCAAUUGUUGUGGCUGGGGAUUCGAGGCACACCGACUCCGUUUCACCCAAACAUGAAGAGCAAAAGAGGGAUUGGCCGGAGGUGCAGAACAACACCUUACCGCUGGGGAACAAAGCUGAACCUCAUCAGGCGGAAGUGGACAAUGCGAAGAGUGAAGUUGGGGAGCAACAAAAUAUGAACGUACUUCCUGCUGAAACGAACAUCCACGUGUCCGAAGUGCCUUGCAAAGAGGGGGUAUCUCGUCCCUGUCGACGACUCGGUUGUCCGCCGCGGCGAAUGAAGGAGGUUGCACAUCAAGGAGGUGCCAAGACGCGAAUGACUCUCGUGUCAUUGCCGCCGAGUGAAGUCACGCGUCCUGAAGGGCUAACCGAAGAUGUCACAACCAUAAAGUUAGAGGCGGUGGCGACGCCUUCCGAAGUGGUCGCUAACACUGGUCGCACUAAUGCGUCGCUGAAUGGCACUCCUGUGAAGCAGGUAACUCCAGCGCCCUCACCAGAGGAACCCAUGGCAACGGUAGCUGAGGCGCUGAGUAAGGAAAGUCCUUCCAAAAAGGUCUGUGGACGAAAACGCACAAGGUCAUCAACGACGGAGGAUGCCAAGCAGAACAUUGGCAAUGACGAUGGUAUCAGUAACACAAAUGCGAUCUGUGGUGCAAAACCUCGGGGCGUCGCUCGUCGUGUGGGGAGUGAUGGCAUAACCAGUGCCUUGAAUAAGGAGGAAGUGGAGGUCAUUUAUUGGAUGUGCUGCGAUUUAUGCGAUAAGUGGCGCAUUGUUCCCGAAAAGAUCUCAGAGGACACGGAUCACUGGUACUGUGAGAUGCGUGCGGAUGGAACGACGUGUAGCGACACCGAUGAUGAGAUUCGCAUGAACCGGUCAAAAAAGCGCGGACGAAAACGCAAGAAGGAAAACAGGUGA